GUUGUUGCAAAUAUAAAAAAGAGCCAGUGAAAAACCCUAUGGGCUAUGCGCAGGGACUACUGCACAGAAGGAAGAGGUGAAAUUGAGAGAGAGAGGGCGAGAGAGGGAGAGAGGGAUGGCGAUUAGCGCGACUGUGGUAGGAGCCCUACUAGGAUUGGGGACCCAGAUGUACUCUAACGCUCUCCGCAAGCUCCCUUACAUGCGCCAUCCGUGGGAGCAUGUAUUGGGAAUGGGUUUGGGAGCGGUGUUUGCUAAUCAGAUGGUCAAGUGGGACGCCAAGGCUCAGGAGGACCUCGACAAGUUACUCAUCAAGGCCAAGCAAGCCAAUGAAAGCCGCUACUUCGAAUGCAAAAGAAUAAUGAGAAGGAUCAUGUCACUUGUGUUUUUACCAUAGAGAGAAACAAAUGAGGAGACAAAGCCCUUGCCAAAGUCAGGUCAGGGAGAUUUUCCAGUUGGAUUUUUACGGAAUUGGCUUCAGGGUGUAGAUGCUAAAUUUUAUGUAUUUCAAGAAUGGAAAGUGCAGAAAAUACAACUUUUUGGUGCAUAAUGCAAGUGAGAUGUAUUUGGAGGGUGCAAUAUGCCAAUUACCCUGAAAUAGACAUUAUGUUUUGUUUACCAUUAUCAUUCUUCCACUCCUGAAGUAUGAGAUGCUCUUACUAUUCUUUGGAUGUAAUGGUCUUCACCUAUUACCAACAUGCAGAAUUUGUCAAACAGUCAGAACAAUGUGCAAAGAAGUAAUUCUAAACAACUAAAUUGUUGA